AGGUCAAGACACGUCAUUAUUCAUUUUUCAUUCUCCGUCAUACCGCAAUUUCGUUAGUCACCGAUUAUUUUUAUUAUUAUAAACCGCAUUGAACUGUUGUUUCUGUUAUUUGUGCUCCUGCUGUUGGAAGUGUAACAGUCGUAAAUUGUUGUCGGAACAAAGUUCAAAAAGUUUCAAAAUGAGUUUACAGUGGACAAUAAUCGCGACGUUUUUGUACGCCGAAAUAGCCAUUGUGCUGCUUUUGACAUUGCCGAUCGCAAGUCCAUCCAAAUGGCAGAGGUUUUUCAAGUCGAAAUUCCUGGCUUACAUAAGUGGUCAGGCAUCUAUUUAUUUUCUAGUACUGAUUGGAGUGUUGGUACUAUGCCUUCUGGACGCUAUUCGGGAGAUGCAGAAGUACUCGAACAUCGAGUCUACUGACCACCAACACCUGGACGCGGAGAUGCAAGGUAACAUGAGGCUGUUCCGCGCUCAGAGGAACUUCUACAUUUCCGGCUUCGCGCUUUUCCUGCUCGUCGUCAUUCGCCGGUUAGUGCAGCUUAUAUCCGAGCUUGCGACUCUGUUGGCGCAGUCUGAAGCAAAUUUCCGCCAAGCACAGAGCGCCUCGGUCACCGCCAAGACUCUGCUGGACCAGCAGGGAGCUGGCGACGAGAAGAACAAGAAGGAAUUAGAUGACCUCAAAGGUCAAAUUUCUUUACUUGAGAAGGAAUUAUCUAAAGAGAAGAAAGACAAGGAGGCUGUCAAGUCCCAAGCUGAGAGCCUCAACAAGGAGUAUGACAGGCUUGCAGAGGAACACAGCAAACUGCAGAAGAAGCUAACAGUGGCAAGCGGAGGUGACUCCAAGAAGGAUGAAUAGAUUUAAAAAUAUUUUUUAUGGUCUGAGUUCUAGGCAGUGAUGUAUAAAAUCAAUUAAUCUUUCAUGUUAUCAGCACAUCACUAUUAAGGCUUAAUGAACAAUUUUUAAUAAUUUGCUGUGUAUGGAGAAAUGUUAUGAUAGGACUGUGAUUUAUGUAAUGUUCUAAAUCUGAUACAUUGCCUUAAUCUUGUUAAUCUGUUUAAAAUAAUUAAUAAUGUUUAAUUGUUUAUCUAUGGAGUAGCUGAUGUAUUUGUAAUGGUGUCAAGUUAUUAACAGAAAACCAAUUAGAUUUCCAUAAGGCAUUAUUCAAAAGCAUUUAUUUUUAUGGCAUAAUAUACUCCAUGUUAUAUAGAUAGUACUUACAACAAAUUCUAAGAAGGUAGCAUUUAACAAUUACCAACAUUUGUUAUUUUUUAUAGUUGAAGGUAUCACCAUUCUUUUUAUAAUACAUACAAAGCAAUUAAGAAAUCAAAAUUACUUCCUCUAGAGUAUUUUUAUAAAAAAACUUGUAAGUUACAUUUGAAGUUUGUAACAAAAAGUCUGAAUUAUUAUU